UUGAAAAUGGAGGGAAAUCGUUCAAACACAGAGCCACUAACACUUAUUAGGAAAAUCAAAGGAUUUACUCGUUCCAUUGUUGAGGAUCUAGCUCGAGGUAGAACACCGUUAAUCUACAUUGAUCGGUUCAGAAAUUACUGUACUGACACUUCUGGAAAUUGCCCCUGCAGCUCUGGUUUGUCGACUGGAAAGGAAGCUAUAUCAUUGAAGAGGGAAUGCCAUGCACGUAGGCUUGAUGUCUUGUUGAGAGUCCUUGUGAUAGUUCAGCAACUUCUGCAAGAAAACAGGCAUGGAUCAAAGAGAGACAUAUAUUACAUGCAUCCUACUGUUUUUAAAGAACAAUCUGUUGUUGAUCGGGCAAUUAAUGACAUUUGCAUCCUCUUGCAAUGCAGCCGUCAUAACCUUAAUGUGGUGUCUGUUGGAAAUGGAUUGGUGAUGGGCUGGCUGCGUUAUGUGGAAUCUGGGAGGAAAAUUGACUGCAUGAGCAAUCCUAACACUGCAUUCCCGAUUCCGGUCCAUGUUGAAGAGAUUGAUGAUAUUAUUAGUGUUGCUCAAUACGUUUUAGUUGUGGAAAAGGAAUCAGUGUUCCAGCGACUAGCAAAUGAUCAGUUUUGCAAGAGGAACCGUUGCAUUGUGAUAACAGGAAGGGGUUAUCCUGAUGUUCCCACAAGGAGGUUUCUGCGUCUCCUCAUUGAGAAGCUGCAUUUGCCUGUGUACUGCCUGGUAGACUGUGAUCCAUAUGGCUUUGACAUCUUAACUACAUACAAAUUCGGUUCUUUGCAAAUGGCUUAUGAUGCAACGUAUCUACGGGUCUCUGAGAUUCAAUGGCUUGGAGUAUUUGUACAGGAUUGCAACAAUUAUAGCAUUCCGCAGCAAUGUCUCCUGCCUUUGACUGCAGAAGAUAAGAGGAAAGUCGAAGCAAUGUUACCUAGAUGUUAUUUGCAAAGAGAAGUACCAAAAUGGAGGUUUGAACUGGAGCAGCUGUUGCACAAAGGAGUUAAGUUUGAGAUUGAAGCGUUGUCUGUGCAUUCACUCACUUUCUUGUCCCACGAGUAUCUACCAUCAAAGAUCCACAGCGGAGGGUAUAUCUGAAUCUUUUCUAUCUUUGUUUGGUUCUUUAGCACGAGAAGGUCAAAGCACUUUUCUUAUGGUUUGAUUAAAUCAUUUGAAAGACCAACCAAACUAGUCAUUGUUUGUCAAAUUCAUCAUGUUCGUUCGUUUUGGCAAUUAAGUUUUUCACGACAAGUCGACAAUGGUUGUGGAUAUCGAGCUACGACUGUGCAUUGACAUUAAGCAGUUGGAUAGAGAAUGAAAUUUGUCACUAUCUCAUUCUAAAUGGUACAGUGGAAUACAUCGAAGACCCAAUUAGCCUUAAUCUCAAAAUUAUCAAUGAUAUAAGUUAAAAUUGUCGCGUUUAAUUUGUUAUGACACUACAUGGUGGCCCUUGCUUUGCCCGGGAAAGUAGAAUCGUGAUAAAGUGUAGAAGAUAACUACAUAGACAUAAGAAAUAUAAUUUUUUAGAAAUGAUUUAAGUUUUAUACACUGAUAGAGUACGUGACAUUUCAUCAGAGUAAAGGUAACUUGGCAAGAAGAGUUACUAUCAGAGUAAAGGUGACUUGGCAAGAAGAGUUACUAACAUCUUAUUUUUGGCAAAUCCAAGUAUCCAAAAAUAAAUGUAAAUGAUAACAGCAUAUGAUGAAGGCACAAAGUAGAUUGGUUCAUGUUGGGUAGGGAUAACGUGGAUUAGAUCAAUGCCUUGUGACUAGAGGUGUCAAUAUGCGCUGGCUCAGUCCAACCCAAUCCAGCCCUAAAGGGUCAAAGAAUUAAAUGGGCUAGGACGAGCUGACCCUUUUAAUCGAAGGGCUUGCAAAAUAGCAGCCCAACCCAGUCCUAAGGGAGUCGCGGGCUAGGACGAGCCAGCUCUUUAAGUUAUUUCGUCUUUCGAAAUAACAUUUUCUAAGUGAUUUUUGGUAUAAUUUGAACAUAAAACUUUUACAAUAUGAAAUAGAAUCUUCUACCGCCCAUUCUUGCGCAAAUUCAUAUCAUAGAAGAAAAAAAAAAUUAAGAGAACAAAUAUAAAUGAUUAUUUUUUAUCACUAGUUCAUAUCACGUUAAAAAAAAAUUAAACAUAAUAUAAAUUCUAAGACUAAAAAGUAUUACUCUAGUUUCUAAUUUUACUACUUAGUAGUAAGUACAUUCUUUAUUUCUCAUUACUUUUUAUCUUUUUGUUUAAUUUGCUCAUAUUUUUUUAAAAAUUAAUUAGUUUAUUAUUCUUUUCUAGUCUUAAGGGCUGGUCUCAGCCCAACCCUUGAGGUUGGCUU